GGCCGUAGCUUGGGGCAAGUGGGGGCCCGUCUUCUCUAGAAAGGAAAGGAAGUGCUAAAGAAAAGGGGAGAAGUUGGUCAUCGGAUCCUCGAAACAUCCAGCCGAAGAACAUCGCCUGAAUUUUGGAGAAGAGAAAGACACAGCGUUACGAUGCCGGUGAUGGAGAAGCUGAAGAUUUUCGUAGUGCAAGAGCCUGUUGUAGCAGCUUCUUGCCUUAUCGCUGGUGUUGGUCUUUUCCUCCCAGCUGUGGUGAGGCCGAUUUUGGAUUCCUUUGAAACAAGCAAGAAUGUCCAUCAGCCUACGAUAAGUGAUGUGGUUGCAGGUGUGCGUAAAAAGCAGGCAUAAAGUGACUCGUUAAAGCAAAGUAGCAGAAUAUGAUUAUCCCAAGUUUCAUCGGGUUUUAAUUGCUUUAUUUUUCUGCAUAGUGAGCAGGAUGAAAUAAGCCUUUCCUUUAAAUUGUUGGACUCUGGAAAGUAACUGAUAUUGCACACUCAACGUCAUCCUUUCUUGUACAAGUAUAUGAAUAUUUUCUCGAUGUGCUGAUUAAACGCUCAUCGGCAAUUCAUGCAUCUUUUGAGAUC